UUCACAUUUUUACGGAUGAUGGAGGAGGUCGACAAUAUAAUUAUUCACUCGUUGCGUCAAAUAGGCUGUGACAUAAAAGAGAAUAUAACGAAUCUUGGUGGUUUUACCACAGAGUUAGUGGUAGAAGCAACGAUAAGAUGCUUAGAUAUAAUAAGGCCAGGUCUUGGAGUAUCUACAAUUUUACCUAUAAAUAUGGCAGCCCGUUUUCGAUUAGGUGCUACACUCGCUCAAGCAUGUGCAGAUUUAGGAUACAAAGGUGAUAUUGGUUACCAAACAUUUCUGUAUAGUUCAGAAGUUGAUUUGCGAAGAGUGUUCAUGUUUCUCAUUGAAAAAUUACCAAAAGAAUGUGAUAAGACCUUAAAUGAACCAAUUAGCAAUGUUGCAUUAUUAGAGAAGUCUAUAGCAGCAGCAGUAUUGCAAGGCCUUUCAGUCCCAUGGUUGCCACAUUAUUGUCAUACAAAGGGAUUUAGGAAUAGAGGCAGAGCAAGUGUCCCUUAUGUGUCUAUAAGUUUAGAGGUACCGACAACAAAGAGUGAAGAAGAUAAAACUUUUAUCAUUGCAGAGUAUCAAAACUAUUGCAUACACUAUUUGCAACCUGUGCCUAAACAAGUGCAAAAUCCACAAUCCUUUCUACCUUCUUUGAUAUCCUAUAAUGCAAAAGCUCUUCAUCCAAAACCAAUGAAUCUUCUUGAUCGAAUAAAUUGGUUAAAUAAAAUACAGAGUGAAAAAGCUAUUGAUACUAAUGCAUCCAAGGAUGCCAAUGUUCUCAACAGGGUCUCAAUAAAAGAUACAACGUUAACUUCUAAACAACUUCAGGCAAAGGAAGUAAAUGUUGCAAAACCUGUGUUACCAAAACAGGAAACACUAAACAAAGUAAAAAAACAAAAAUUAGAAGUGGAAAAAAUAAAAGUAGAGUGUGAAAUUCUUAGAAGUAAUAUGGAAGAGUUACAAGAUGAAAUUAAAAAAUUAAGCACUAGUAUAACGCAAAUAACGAUUAAUUAUCAAAACGAGGAAAAAGAAUUAACAAUAAACGAGGAACAGAAAAAGAUUAAAGUACGAAUUUAUGAUUUACUACAAGAUGGCGAAGAGAGCAUUAAGAAACUGGAAAUAGCGAUAGAAAGUACCACCAACAAAUUAAUUAGUCUAGGUAAUCAGUGGGAAAAGCACAGAGUACCACUAAUUCAAAAGUAUAGGCAAGAAAGAGAGAAACAUUCAACAAAAGCUAGUGCAAGCCAAAAGAAACUUGAUGAAAUUAAGUUACUAAAAGAGAGGGAAAGGGAACUUCAAGAGGAAUGUCGCAACAAAGAUCAACAGUACUCACAGUUGGUGGCGGAAGUCCAAAAGCUUCCUAAAGAAGUAAAUAGAUCCGCGUAUACUCAACGAAUUUUAGAAAUAAUUAAUAAUGUUAGGAAACAAAGGGACGAAAUCAAUAAAGUUUUAGCUGAUACACGAGAAAUCCAGAAAGAGAUAAACACGCUUACAGGCAGAGUGGAAAGAUCGUUUACAGUUGUUGAUGAAUUAAUAUUUCGGGAUGCAAGAACGAAUGAGGCAUCGAGAAAGGCUUACAAAUUAUUGGCUACACUUCAUUCAGAUUGUAGUGAACUUGUAAGUUUAGUCGAAGAAACAGGUGCCACUAUAAGAGAAAUUAGAGACUUGGAGGAACAGAUUGAUUCUGAAUCUACAAAAAAUGUUGGAGCUAACUUAGAGAGAAUAACUGCUGAUCUAAAACAAAUGAAACAAGAAACAGCAGUAUUAACUGCACAAUUACAAAGUAAAUCGUCAUGAUUGUUAUACAAUUUAUGGUACUACAGAACGAGUCGUUUUAAUUACGACCAGAACAUUCCUUGCAAACGAAAACGAUUAUUAAUACAAAGACCAAAUUCCUAGAAAUGUAAAAGCUACAGAAUCUAGUAAACCUACUGCCUAUAACACAGUCUUCAUGAGUCUGUCGAGACUUAAUUGCUGAAAAUGUACCUUGGUCUGAACUUAUGUAAUAUUAAAUCUGCUUGAAAUUGGGCCAAGCAUACAACAUAAACUCAUUCAAUAACAAUGCUCAAAAGGGAACGUUAUUUGUUACAGAGCCUAAUAAUUUUUUAGGAUAAAGUUUAAUUGUACAAUUAUCUUUCAUAUUUCCGUGGAAGAGGCGGCUUUGGAGAAAGCUUCUAAGUGAUUGUGUACAAAGUAUGGAAGAUAAAUGACAUGUAAUAUAUUUUUAUUGUCUCUUACCAUUUUCAUCCUUUGAAGUUCUGUUGAAGUACAAUUUAUUAAAUAAUUUGUAACUACAAACUUUUAUUCAUUCUUUAUGACAACAUUAGACAU